ACCUGUCUCUGUCUGUCCCCUGUAAGCGCAAUUAGGGCUCUUCUCGCUCUUGCACCCAAAACCCCAUUUUCUACCAAAAACCCACCUUUCACUCUAUCUCCGCAUUGCUUGAGCUUGAGUCUGAGUCUACAAUCAUGGCGUUGCUAGAGCAAAAGAACGUAGCGGAUGUGAAUAAUGUGAGUACAGGCACUGAAGUCCCUCCCAACGUCACUAUUUACAUUAACAAUCUCAACGAGAAAAUCAAAAUCGAUGAGUUGAAGAAAUCCCUCCACGCCGUCUUCUCCCAAUUCGGGAAGAUUUUGGAGAUUUUGGCAUUCAAGACGCUGAAACACAAAGGGCAAGCUUGGGUUGUUUUCGAGGAUGUUCAAUCAGCUACUAAUGCUAUGAGGCAAAUGCAGUCUUUCCCUUUCUAUGACAAGCCAAUGAGAAUACAAUUUGCAAAAACUAAAUCGGAUAUCAUUGCAAAAGCUGAUGGCACUUUUGUUCCAAGGGAAAAAAGAAAGAGGCAUGAAGAGAAAGGAAAAAAGAAGAAAGAGCAUCAUGAUGCAAAUCAAGCUGGGAUUGGUCUGGCUCCUGCUUAUGCUGGUGCCUAUGGUGCAACUCCUCCGUUAUCACAAAUACCCUAUCCAGGUGGUGCAAAAUCUAUGGUUCCUGAGGCUCCAGCUCCACCAAAUAAUAUACUCUUCAUUCAAAAUCUCCCCAAUGAGACAACUCCAAUGAUGCUGCAAAUGUUAUUCCAGCAGUACCCUGGUUUUAAGGAGGUUAGGAUGGUGGAAACAAAGCCAGGGAUUGCCUUUGUAGAGUAUGGAGAUGAGAUGCAGUCAACAGUCGCAAUGCAUGGACUUCAGGGUUUCAAGAUACAGCAAAAUACAAUGUUAAUUACUUAUGCCAAGAAAUAGUGAAGGAUGCUUCUGUCUUUUGCUAUCUAUAGGGUGGACUGCAAAUUAGGAACUUUCAAUUAGAAUGUUUUGAAUUGUGAGUUGUGACUGGUUAAUCGGUGAAUCUAUUGUUUUUGGGUUGACAGGAGGCUUAGGAGUUUUGGUGUAUCAUCAUAGUUAAAGAGUGACUUGCUUCUGCACCAUAUUUGACCUUUGAAAAUUGAUUAGCGUAGUAAAUUGCGUAAUUAAUGUGUAUUUACCUGAAAUUUAUGAAACAGUCAGUUCCGCUA